AUGCCACAGGACGUGGUGGACGAGGCGAAGGCGAAGGCUCUACCCCCCGCGAGGGCACCGUGGUGCCACCCCCUGAGAUCCUCCCUCGCCUCGCGAGGAUCUGGGCCAAGCUCGGGGAGAGCCGAGGGAACACCACCAGCGGCCAAGCCCAGGCUCACGGGCCUUCCACCGCCUCGCGGAGCAGUGGCAGCGGCCGAGGUGGGCGACGUGGCCAUGGAGGGCGAGGGCGAGGAGGACGGCGACCGACGCAGGAAACCGAAGCGCCGAGGCGGGAGGAGAGCCCGCCAAGGCGAGCAUCAGGUCAAGACGUGGAGCAGCAAGGGCAAAGACCUUCUGGCGCUGCUCCAGGCGACACUCAAACUCGUGCUGCUGACGGCACACAAGAACAGGCUCGCUUGUACCGUCUCGAUACACACAUACACGAUGCCGACGAAUCACGAGAUGGUGAUCAAUAUCACCGAGGAGCUCGAGGGGUACAACGGAUUGCUUGUUUUUUUCGCACGCAGGGGGCCGAGGGCACGAAGAGGAUGA